UAUUGUUUUGUUUGAACUCAUUCAACAUCCAACUUUUCUCGCAACAGAAUCAAAUUUUAAGGGACCUUUUAGAAAUAAUUUACACUUUUAUUAAUUUUCCAUUCAAAAAAAAACAAGCAACAAUGGUCACUUUUGGCGGUGUGGCGAAAGUAUUGAAGGGCUUUCAAAACGGCGCAAGCAUCUGGGUGAAAACCGUGAAUCCUGGCUGGUACGAGGCCCGAGUGUUACCCAGGACCAUGUUGAGAGAAAAGAAACCCAAAAGAGUAGUCGAAUCGAACAAGGAAGUGCGGCCCGUUCGCCAACCUCCCAAGACCGCCAUGGCGCUACAGAAAAGCGUAACCACGCAGUAUCCGUUUAUCGAUUGGGAUUGAAACAGAAAAAGAAUAAAUUGUUUUUAAAAUCGUGAAUUUCAAACCGAUGUGUAGUGUGGGGUUGUCUUGGAACAGAUAUAUAAUAUUUCCGGCUAACUAGGUUGUUCUGGCGGAAAAUUAAAAUUGAAAACCAAAAAAACCGUCAGCCUAAAAUUUUAAUUGCUUUUCCAAGCCUUUCAUGGGAAAUCUAAAAAAAGAAAUAUACAGUAACAUAAUAAAGAUUUGGCGUAUACAAUAGUCUCAGUAUACUUUUUAAACAUGGUAUUUUUGUUUGGUACAAUAGCGAAAUGUUGUCAUUUAAGGCGUUUUUUUCCAGGUUUAGAGAGCUGGUUUAAAAUGCUUUAAAAUUUAGGUAUAGUGUUUGAAAGAUCAUCUAGGACUAGUUGGGAUCUCUGGCACGGCAUCUGGCAACACUACGGUGGUUUGCUAACCAUUUUUCAGAUACCCUGCUGCGGUCACACCGAGUUUUUGCUUCGCGAGCAGGUGGUGUUCGUCCAAUCAGAAUUGAAAAAAUUCCGAUAGCCGAGGGCGAUUGCCACUUGCUAAUACAUGAGUGUUAAAGUUAAAUGCAAAAUUACGCGGCGCACGCUUCGCCCACGCGUUCCGACUGUUCAGUGCAAGCAACGGGGCGAGAAAAUACGAGCAUAUAUAUAAUACAAAGGCCUCACAAAGCAAGUGAUAAGAGAAUACCAUAGUAUAUAAUACAAAUUCAACGUGAAAAGAAAUCUCGCCAGCCGCAGAAACAACAAAAAAGAAGCAAGGCAGACUCGGGCGACAAAUGGAAAUAAAGUAUAAAGUGAUGGCGGAGAGCGGAGAGAUAGAAAUCGUAAUGUGUAAGCGGGACCAGAGCAUACGAAACGUCGUCGCAGCGAAGAUUAAAUAAAUUUACAAACCCCAAAGUGAAACUCGAAAUGUGAAAAUUCUGCAACUCAAAAGGAAAAAUUAAAAUCUUUAAUUCAAAAACUAUCUAAAAAUCUUAAAAAUAAAAUAAAGAAAAUAAAGUGUCUUUUAAAAGAAAAAUAAAAAAAUAAAUAAAAAUCAGCACUGGAGUCGCCAGGUGGGCAUGGCCCACUGCCCGCCGAACAUCCGCUGGAGAGCCGCUGCCAUUGACCCUCUUGCUCUUCUUCCCGUUCGUGUCCCGUUAUCCGUCGUCUCCGGAUCACCGCCACCGGGUCGGCGGCAGCUGGGCAGCCGAUGAACUCCGCCACAAAAGAAGAUGCAUUUUAAGUGAAUAUCCGGUGUACAUUACACGUCCAAUUACGUCCAGUUGAUAUCCACUAGCGCUGAUCCACUCCAGCUCCUGCCCCUGCUCCCUGCUCCC